UUUGAAAUUCUUUGCCCAACAAACCAUAAACUUGGAGUAACAACCACCAGUUCAAGUUCCUGCUUCUCUCUCUCCUCCUCUACUGCAUUCAUGGCAACAAAACUGUCAUUCCCUCCAAUUCUAAAUUCAUCCUUCAAAGAUCAAAGAACCCUAAAAACUUUUCAAUCAAUCACUCCUCUUUCUUUGACACCCACAAAUUAUUGGCCUUGUUUAAAGCCCAAUUUCAGAAGUUUUUGCUCAGUAAAUUCAUCAGUAAUUCGUGCUGUUAAAGAAGAUGUCAUUCAAUCAUCAGAUUCAAAGACAACCUUUGAUUCCAAUCCUUCUUCAGCUUCAGCUUCUAAGUUGGUUCUUGUUGUUGGUGGCUCUGGUGGUGUUGGGCAGAUCGUAGUGGCGUCAUUGAUCAGCCGCAAUAUCAAAGUACGGCUUUUAUUGCGAGAUCCUGAAAAAGCAGCCAAAUUGUUUGGUGAACAAGAUGAAGAGCAACUACAGGUGUGUAAGGGGGACACAAGGAACCAAGCAGAUCUGGAUCCAUCGAUUCUUGAGGGUGUCACACAUGUUAUAUGCUGCACAGGGACGACAGCCUUUCCUUCACGAAGAUGGGAUGGAGACAACACACCUGAAAGAGUAGAUUGGGAAGGUUUGAGAAACCUCAUAUCCAUACUUCCGUCAACUCUGAAAAGAUUCAUUCUUGUUUCAUCAAUUGGAGUGACCAAGUUCAAUGAACUACCAUGGAGCGUCAUGAAUCUUUUUGGCGUUUUGAAGUACAAAAAGAUGGGAGAGGAUUUUCUUUGUGAUUCUGGUAUACCUUAUACUAUAAUCAGACCUGGAAGGUUGACUGAUGGCCCGUAUACCUCAUAUGAUCUCAAUACUCUGCUCAGAGCAACAGCUGGGGAGCGCCGUGCUGUCCUCAUAGGUCAAGGAGAUACGCUUAUUGGAGAAGCAAGUCGAAUUGUCGUUGCUGAGGCUUGUAUACAGUCACUGGAUAUUGAAUCCACAGAAGGGCAGAUUUUUGAAAUUAAUUCUGUUCAGGUUGAGAGUGUUGUAUAUUGCAGGGAGAUGGACCAGGAAGUGAUCCACAGAAAUGGAGAGAACUGUUCGACGCUGCUCGGGUGAGAUAAGAAUGCCUGAUUAACAUGCAGAAGGCUGAUAUUCUAAAUUAGUUCCAGUGUUGAAUCAUUUUUCGUCUUUCUGCACUGUUGUGCUGUAUAGACAUAUAGUAACUAUAGUCUAUAGAUGACAUGAAUGCUAAAUAUAGUGUAUAAAAGCAUUUAUAGCAGUGUUGCAUUUCCUGAAAAAUACUCUUCUUGGGAAACUUUUCAACAAAGAAAUAGAGGUCAAGUAUAUGGGAGAUAUGGAGAAAAAUCAAGGUAACCAACUGAUAGGCUGAUAGCCAUUUCUAUGUUUUAAGAUGUCCAAAUUCACCCAUGCUCAGUGAUUGAUUGGAAUAUAGUAAUAGAUUUUGGUAUUGGUCUACAAUUCCAUGUAAAUAUGUGUGGAAAGUCUUAAUAUUAUCCACAACAUUUGAUUUCCCUCAUCAAUUUCUAUUCAUACAUGACUACUUGAGGAUGCA